AUGUCUUCUCAACUCAAGAAAGCUGGUGUUUUGGGCGCCACAGGCAGUGUGGGUCAGCGCUUUAUGCAGCUCCUGGCCGAUCACCCCGACUUUGACCUCGCUGUUCUCGGUGCUUCUUCGCGCUCCGCCGGAAAGAAGUACGUCGAUGCUGCUGAGUGGAAGCAGGCCAGCCUUCUUCCUACCAAGGUUGCUGACAUGAUUGUCAAGGAGUGUACCCCAGAAAACUUUAAGGAAUGUGAUGUUGUUUUCUCAGGUCUCGACGCCGAUUACGCUGGUGAUAUCGAAAAAGCCUUUGUCGACGCUGGCCUUGUUAUCAUCUCCAAUGCUAAGAACUACCGCCGUGCUGAGAACGUUCCUCUCGUUGUCCCUACUUGUAACCCCGAGCAUUUGGACAUUUGUGCCAACCUCAAGAAGCAAGGCAAGGGCUUCCAAAUCUGCAUCUCUAACUGCUCUACUGCCGGUAUGGUUGUUCCUCUUAAGGCUCUCCAAGAGAAGUUUGGUCCUAUCACCACCAUGAUUGUUACCACCAUGCAGGCUGUUUCUGGCGCUGGAUUUUCGCCUGGUAUUUCCUCCAUGGACAUUUUGGACAAUUUGAUUCCUUACAUUAGUGGUGAGGAAGACAAGCUCGAGUGGGAGCCCCGUAAGAUUCUGGCCAACAUUGCCAGUGACGGUGUUUCUUUUGAUAUUAUUCCUGAAGAGGAUUUUAAGAUUUCCGCUGCUUGCAACCGUGUUGCUGUCAUUGAUGGCCACACUGAGUGCCUUAGCAUCAAGUUUAAGCAAAGCCCUCCUCCCUCUGUCGAGGAGGUCAAGGCCGCCCUUCGAGAGUUCCGCAGCCCUGUUCAAGACCUCGGCUGCCACUCUGCCCCUAAGAACAUUAUCCACGUUUUUGAACAACCCAACAGACCCCAGCCUCGUCUGGACCGUGACCGUGAUGCCGGUUAUGCUUGCAGUGUUGGCCGUGUCCGUGAAGACCCAGUUCUUGACAUUAAGUUCGUUGUUCUUUCGCACAACACCAUUUUGGGUGCCGCCGGUUCGGGUAUUUUGAUCGCUGAGGUUCUUAAGGCCAAGGAAUUGAUUUAA